AUGGAUUCAGAGACAGCUUUCAGUGUCAAAGACGACUGGCCGGCUUUUUCGACUACCUCUCAGGGCCGAUCCUACGACUGCAACUUCUGUAAAAGAGGCUUUUCUAACGCUCAAGCCCUCGGCGGCCACAUGAACAUCCAUAGAAAAGACAGAACUUUGAAGCCAAAGAAGCCCAACGCAAGAGGUAGCCAAGCACCCAUCUCUGUCUUUUCUUCUUCUUCUUACUUUCCUCCCUCCAGCAAAAGAUUGCUCUAUUCCUGGAUUGGCCUUGCUGAAGAUGGUGGCUCACAGAAGCCCUUGCCGCUGUUCAUGGAGAUGCCUGUUAGCGCCGCGGUAGAAAAUGAUGGUCGUGGGAGAAUAAUAGCUCAUGAAUUGGAUCUUGAGCUUCGCCUUGGGCUAUAG